GGCGGUUUCAGCCGGGCGGCUGUAACCGGUUUAGGCCGGGGAGAAGCUGAGGCGUCAACUUGAACAACUGAGCGCCGCGCCCCUUUUUUUCUUCCUCGCGACUGCCGCUGACGUUGAAAGCCGCCGUCCUCCUCCUCCUCCUCCUCCUCCCUGCGGGGGAAGGUGGUUGCCAGACGGAGGAAGCGAGAGCCAACUGGUGCUUUUGCCGCAUCCCGACCGGCUUCCAUCCGCAGUUCUCGCCUUCCCCUGCCGGCACAGAGCGUAUGCACCAAGACAAGUUCCUUGUGUGUCCAAUCACACUUGGCCAAUAAAGAAUUCUAUUCUAUUCUAUGUUCUGCUGGCUUUCUGCAAUGCUCAAAGCUGAAGGUUUGAGGUCGAUGAAUUCUGCAUUGCAGAUUAAAGCAAACUAUGAGAAGAAGACGCAGAUACAGACAAGUAGAGGUCCACAGGAAAAAGAAUUUUUGCAAUUACUAUACUCUUUGAAAAUAAUUGAAGAUGGCACCUUGUCAGGUUACCUUUGAAAUAAGAGGAGUAUCUCCACCAGGAGAGGUUUUGGCUAUAUGUGGAAGCUGUUAUUCUCUAGGAAACUGGAAUCCGCAGUGUGCAGUAAUCCUUCACCCAGAAGAUGAGGCUGGUGAUACUCUGCUGUGGAAAGCUACAGUUGAUCUCCCCAGGGGAAAGAAUAUUUCAUAUCGAUAUUUUCAAGGAAGUUUCUUAGAACCCAAGACUAUCGAUGGUCCAUGCCAAGUCAUAAUUCACAAGUGGGAGACUCAUCUACCAGCACGAUCAAUAACCCCUUUAGAUAAUAUUUCCAUUGAUGAUGGAUUCUUUGGAGUCUUUGAUGAUGUGGAGAGUGUUGAUUCCGGAUGGCUGACAUGUCAGACAGAAAUAAGGCUACGGCUACAUUUUUCUGAAAAACCACCUGUAUCGAUAACAAAGAAAAAAUUCAAAAAAUCUAGGUUUAGAGUGAAACUCACCCUUGAAGGUUUGGAGGAAGAGGAUGAUGAUGAUGACGAUGAUGACAGACUUUUACCUAUGCUUCAUCAUAAAAUGGCAAAUACGUUAGAAAUUUCACUUAUAAGUGAUACUGAGUACAAGUCUCGACAUUCUCAGCCUGAAUGUGGAUAUGGUCUGCAGCCAGAUCGCUGGACAGAAUAUACCAUACAGACCAUGGAACCAGAUAACCUUGAAUUAAUCUUUGACUUUUUUGAGGAGGAUCUUAGUGAAACCGUUAUCCAAGGAGAUGAGAUUCCAGGCCAUGUGGGCUCCGCUUGUCUGUUAUCUUCCACCCUUGGAGAAUCAGGAAAGAGCGCUGGUAUUCUCACGCUUCCCAUUAUGAACAGAGGUUCACGAAAAACAAUAGGAAAAGUUAGAGUGGACUAUAUAAUUAUUAAGCCAAUUAAUGGGUUUUCCUGUGAUAUGGAAGCUUCAUAUGCCAAAUACUGGAAACCAAGAACAGGACUGGAUGUUGGCCAUAGGGGCGCUGGGAACUCUACAACUACAACUAAACUUGCUAAAAUUCGAGAAAAUACCAUUGCUUCUUUAAAGAAUGCUGCUAAACAUGGAGCAGCCUUUGUGGAAUUUGAUGUACACCUUUCCCGAGAUCAAGUCCCAAUUAUAUAUCAUGAUCUUACUUGCUGCAUUGCAAUGAAAAAGAAAAAGGAAACUGAACCAUUGGAAUUAUUUGAGAUUGCAGUUAAAGAGCUUACAUUUCCCCAGCUGAAGUUAUUAAAGUUGACACAUGUGACUGCUUUGAAAUCUAAAGAUAGUCAAGAGUCACUUAAAGAAGAUGAAAAUGUACCUUCUGAGAUGCAGCCAUUCCCUUCUUUACAAUCAGUACUAGAAUUGAUUCCUGAAGAAGUUGGAUUUAAUAUAGAAAUCAAAUGGAUCUGCCAGCAAAAGGAUGGUGUGUGGGAUGGCAACCUUUCAACUUACUUUGACAUGAACGUCUAUCUAGAUAUAAUUUUGAAGACUGUUCUGCUCAAAGCUGGAGGAAGGAGGGUUAUAUUUUCUUCAUUUGAUGCAGAUAUAUGCACAAUGGUCAGACAUAAGCAAAAUAAGUAUCCCAUAUUGUUUCUAACUCAAGGGAAAUGUGAUACUUACCCAGAACUCAUGGAUCUCAGAUGCCGCACAACAGCGAUUGCUACAAGUUUUGCACUCUUUGAAAAUUUGCUGGGUAUUAAUGCACAUACUGAAGAGUUGCUGAAAACUCCAUCAUAUAUUGACCAUGCCAUAUCUAAAGGCUUAGUUGUCUUUUGCUGGGGAGAUGAAGCAAAUGAUCCAGAGAACAGAAAGAAGCUGAGGGAAUACGGAGUUCAUGGUCUGGUGUAUGAUAGGAUUUAUGAUUGGAUGCCUGAGCAGCCAAAUAUAUUCCAGACAGAGCAGCUUGAAAGACUGAAGAAGGAGUUACCAGAGCUUAAAAGCUGUGUGUGUCCCACUGUUAGCCACUUUAAUUUUGCUCUGUGUAACUGCAGUAGCAGUCUGAUAAGAGCAAGAAUGGCAGAAAGUACAACUGGUUUCUAAUGGACUCACAGAGAAAAAAAAUGCUGUUUCACAUGAAACACAUUAAUUUCGCUGAAUAUGGUAACAGACUCUUCUCAUCUUGCAUCUAAAUGAAGCAAUAACUCAUGGUCCACUGUAGAACAUUAAAUGUUAUUGUAGAUUAUCAAAUUUUGCUAAAAUGCCUGAAUAAUUCUAGUUCUAUGGAUCUCAUACAUUUUAAGCAGUUUAAGAUAGAAUCUAUGGUAUUGUAACAUAUGCACCUAAUUUCUGAAGAAUCAGAAAUGCAAUAGUUAUCUAUGUAGCUAAGAUCCAAGCAGCCAAAUAUCAUUAUUUUAAGUGAUUCAAGAUCAGUCAUAAUAAAUAAUAAUGUACUGUAUAGUAUUUUUUCAAGUGGAAAAAAUACCUCAAGUGCAUGCAUUUACACUGAUGCAUGCAACUAUACAAAUGUGUGCCAUCACAUUGCAAUCUUUAGAUUCUAUCCUCUCAUCCACCAAUUUCCUUUGGGCUAUUAUUUUUUUCUGUUUAUACUGCCAGACACAAUGGUAAAUAGUAUGAUCUCUUUAGCAACCCAAGGGUGAAUAGCAUCCCUUCUUCACUGUUUUUGUAUCUAAAGUUUAUGGGUGAUCUGAACGUUGUAAAUCAAUAUAAAUUAAAUUGCUAGUGUUUGAUUCUGGGUUGAAAAAAUUAUCAUUGUACUUAAAUAUUAAAUGCACAAUCCAAAAACCAAUGGGGUCUAAGUGUGAUAUUGUAGAUGUAUGCAGCAGUCUUUGCGCCCUUGUGGUGCUACAUGGUGCAAGGGUAGUAAGGGCUGAGUAAAAUGCUUGCAUCUUUGCUGAAAAACCACAAGCCUCUAGGUGGAUCUAGUAAAAUGAAGAUUUUAUCAUUUCUGUAUUCCUAGCCCAAUAAAUGUGAUAGUGUUGUUGUUUUAAAACACAGUUUAAUUGAUUUUUCAGAAUGUAAUAGGGUCAUAGUCUUUAACCUCUAGCUAAUGUACUGUGUAUAACUUACUCAAAAUUAUGAUAAGAGUAUUUGUCACAUAUUUGUUUGCAUGUCUUUGAGCUCAGACCUCUCUAUAAACUUCAGAUAGUUGAAAUGAAGUUUCUUUACCUUUGUAUUGAAGUGUUAAAUACAUCAUAAAAAUUGAACUAUAAAUAUAUUUAUUUUUUCUUGCAAUGGCCAAUCAACUUGUAUGAUAUGAACCUUGUCACUGCUGUACAAAGCUAAUUGAUAUUAUAGAUCAAAUAAAUGCAGGCAUGUAUCACUAAGUAUGAAUUAUUACAUAAAUGGAAGUCUGUACAACCCAGUUGUUUGGAUAAAGUAGUUCAUUUUUCUAAAGCUUUGUAUUUGUGUUUAUCCUCAACAGACAACAUGGUCUUAAGGUCUGGGCACUAUCCUACUUUAGAAAUAAAAGCAUGUUUUAUACCUACA